AUGUUCACGAGACCUAGUUCGGUAUAUCUUGCGCUCAAAUACUUAUUUGAUGUCAUCGAACUCGAACGGCUACGACGUGAGGCUGUUCCUUCAUCGGAUGAAAAUGCUACGGCUGAGGAUGCGGCGCCACAACUUGCAGAGCAACCGGCAAACGUGGAUGCAGUCGUGAAUACCCCAGUUUUGGUUGAUUCAAACGAUGAUGGAACAGUCGCCCAGGAAUUGGAACUGGAGCAAAUGAGGAGUACAUUGGAUGAGGCGAUUUUGGAAACGCGCAGUACGCCUCUCGAAAAUCGACCGCGACUUCCCCGCAUAGCCCUCAGCAAGCGGAAUCGGGCUAUCGUGAGGGCUCUGAACCCAAUGCUGGUGACGUAUUUGGAAGCCAGCCGGGAUCUUUGCAAGACGGACUCAAUUCUCUUUGGUGCCGCACUGGCAGUCUGCCUUAUUAAGGCGCCAAACAUUCCACGACUGGACGUACUACUGGACAAAGUAGUGCUAUCCCAGCCUGGAGAACAAGAAUUGAAGAACGUAUCGCAAAGGCUAGGGCCCUCAUUGGCAGACUGA